AUGCCACCUAAAUCAUCAGCGCCGAAAGGAGGCGCAAAAUCUGGAGGCGCCUCUUCUAGGGCCAAAUCUCAGCAGAGCAAGGAAGAUGAUCUACAACGUGAACCGUUGCAGGCUGUCGUACUCGCCGAUGCCUUUCAAAAGCGUUUAGAUCCCUUGACUGCCGACAGACCAGCAUGUCUUUUACCGCUGUGCAACGUGCCAUUGCUGGACUGGACACUCGAGAAUCUUGCGCUGGCUGAAGUCGAGGAGAUUUUCAUCCUUGCCAGUCGCUACUCGGAUCAGAUCAAGAAGCACCUCACAACCUCCUCGGCAAGAUACUCGCUGCCCAAGAUCACCGUCAUUGCCACUCCUGACGCUCAGUCGCUGGGCGACGUGAUGCGAGAGCUCGACGGAAGGCAAAUCAUUCGCUCUGACUUUAUCCUGAUUCACGCUGACUCGGUCGCCAGCAUGGAUCUCGCUAGCAUCGUCCACGCCCACAAGCGUCGAAGAAAGAAGGACAAGGAUGCCAUCAUGACCAUCUGCACCAUGCCUGUUGGAAAACGCAGCAGGAUACGCACUCCAGGCAGUCUUUCGCUAUUUUUCAUCGAGCCUCACACUUCGCAACUCGUCCACUAUGCACCUGUUCCUGCAGCACCUAGACUCAGGAAAACCACUUUACCCCUCGAAAUCUUUGACCACGAUGCUGCCGCUACCACAAACAGCCUGUCGCACGGCGCUGAAGUCGAUGUUCGAAACGAUCUUGUUGAUUGCGGUAUCGAUAUCUGCUCCGUAGACGUCCCGCCGCUCUUCUCGGAAAACUUCGACUACCAAACACUUCGUCACGACUUUGUACUUGGAAUUUUGACCUCUGACCUCCUCGACAGCAAGAUUUUCGUCCAUGUCGCACCCACUGGCCCACUCGCCUCGGCAGUACAGACCGCAGGCUCGUCCUUCCCGCAGACUGUCGGCACUUCGCUGUAUGGUCGUGGCUACGCAGCACGUGUUAAGUCGCCCGCCGAUUACGAUGCCAUCUCAAGAGACGUCAUCGGUCAGUGGACCUACCCGCUCGGCCCUGCCGGCUAUCUCCCUGGUGGUCAGCGAUACAGCCCUCGCUCCGGUCUUCGAUUCCUCGGAGACAAUGUGGUGCUUAGCCGUACCUGCCAGCUCGGUACACACACACUCGUCGGUUCCCAGUCUGAGGUUGGCGAUAGAACCUCCCUCCAACAAUCUGUGCUUGGAUCGUCCGUUAAGGUUGCAAGUCGCACUUCCAUCUCUGGCUCAUACAUCUGGGCCAACACCAUCGUCGGCUCUGACUGCACCAUCGAACGCAGCAUCAUCGGUGCCAACGUCAAGAUUCUCGAUGGCGUCAAGAUCAACAAGGGCUCCAUCAUCGCCGAUGGCUGCGUUGUCGGCCCUAACGUCGAGCUUGCUGCCUUCAGCAGGAUAGCCAACAAAAAGUUCCAAUCCGAACUCGACUUUGUCAGCGAUAGCGAGCAAGAAGACGAUAACGACAAUUCUCUGCGUGUCAGUGACGGGUCGGGAGGUAGAUCUGGUAACAAAGAUGCCUACUCGGAAGAGAUUGGAGCACAAGGUGUUGGCUACCUAUGGCCUGCAUUGGGAGACAAGCCUAUCAGGCGCGAGGAAGAGAUGGACUCGGAAGCAUCCGAUGACGACGACGAAGAUGAAGUUGAUGAGAUCGAACGUUCUCACAACCUGCGACUCAUGCGACUCGGUGCUGACCUAAACGACAUGCAGUUGUCCGAUUCCCUCUCCGACGUAUCCUCCAUCGGUGUCGGAGCCGAUUCCGAUGAGGAGGAGGAUGAUGAUGAUGAGGAAAACCUCGUAUCAGGUACCGACGCUACCUUGUCGGACUCGGAUGACGACCUCCUUGGUGACUCUAUGAUGCUUGACGGUGGCGAGACCAACGUUGAAAAGCAAGCUGCAGUAAAGAGACUCAACGAAUUCCGCUCCGAAGCUACCGCCUCGCUCGAACGAGCGUUUGAAGAAAACCACACGGUCGACGAUGCCGCCAUUGAACUCAAAACACUUCGAAUGGCCUCGAACGUGCCUCUGAAAGAAGUGCGCAAAACCGUCAUUGAAUUCAUCCUGCACAAAUGCGAUCCCGAACAGCCCAAACAGAUGCUCAAGGUGCUUGACAAGUGGUGUCCCUUGAUCUCGGUGGUUGCGGUUGACGAUCAGAUCGAAGCCCUUGCUACGGUCCAACAUUUCUGCGCGAAGACUGAGGGUUACUUCAAGCUCUUCCUGCCACUGUUGAAGAAAUUCUACAACGACGAUGUGAUCAGCGAGGAGAACAUUGUCGGCUGGUGGAAGAGUCCUUUGAGUAGGGAGAGUAGCGAAGCCGUGGGUGGAGAGAAGAACGGGCAGCUGAGGAAAGCGGCUGAGGAGGUGAUCAGGUACAUUUUGGAGAGUCAGGAGAGCUCUGACGAAGAAGACGAGACGGAGGAGGAAGAGGAUUCGGAGUAA